CAACAAUUAACUGUGAACACAGUAAACACUCGAACUUAUCACUUACCUGGCAGAUCGCAUUCACCUUCGAAUUCCGUAAUGAGUGAGAGAGACAAUUUACUUCCACAACCAAAUGUUGGUCAUAAAAACGCAAUUCAAAAGACACACACUGAGUCAUUCAAAUGGUUAAUCACGACAGGAUGGAAGAUUAACUUAUUCUUAGUAUUUGUUCCACUUUCCUUCAUUUCACACUUUCUUAAUUGGAACGAGAAGCUCAUUUUCGUCUUCUCGUUUUUGGCUAUCAUUCCCUUAGCAAAGUUAUUAGGUGAUGCUACAGAGCAGGUAGCUCUCAAGCUUGGUGACACACUUGGUGGUUUAUUAAAUGCGUCAUUUGGUAACGCGGUCGAAUUGAUCGUCGGUAUUGUAGCACUUGGUCAAGGGCAAUUAAGAAUCGUUCAAACUUCUAUGUUGGGUUCAAUUCUUUCAAACUUGUUAUUGGUACUUGGUAUGUCAUUCUUCGCAGGUGGAAUCUCCUACAACGAAUCUGAAUUUCAACAAACCGCCGCUCAAGCUAGCGCUAGUGUUAUGACAUUAAGUUGUAUCACUUUAAUUAUACCAGCAGCCUAUGAGAGUUCAUUCGGAUCAACUUACGAUGGUGAACAUGAUGGGUUAUUAAUCAUAUCAAGAGGAACUGCAAUGCUUUUACUCCUAAUCUACGCUGCUUAUUUAUACUUCCAAUUAAAAACACACGCUUAUCUAUUUGAUUCACAAGCUGAAGAGGAAGAAGAAACACCUGAAAUGAACACAACUGCUGCAUGUUUCGCUUUAUUAGUUAUUACCAUAAUUACGUCAUUUUGUGCCGAUUACUUGGUCGGUACUAUCGAUACAGUUGCGCAAGAGUGGCAUUUACCAAAAUCAUUCAUUGGUUUGAUUCUCCUUCCACUCGUUGCUAAUGCUGCCGAGCAUGUUACAUCAGUUUGGAUGGCAGCUAAAGGUAAAAUGCCGUUAGCUAUUGGUGUAUCAAUAGGUUCAUCUAUUCAAAUUGCUGUUUGUCUAUUACCACUUUUAUUAGUUAUCGGUUGGAUAAUUGGCCAACCACUCACUCUUUUCUUCAAUAACUUUGAAACAGUCUCUUUAUUCGUUAGUGUCUUACUCGUUGCACUUAUCAUCCAGGAUGGAAAAUCAAAUUGGCUGGAAGGUGCAAUGUUAGUAGUACUUUACGUCGUAUUAGCUUUAGCAUUCUAUGUAACGCCUUAAAAAUUAAUUUUAUUUAUUGUAGUCUUUUACACUUAAAUACACGCGUCUUCUUAGUUA